AUACAAUUGGCUCUUCAGGCUCCCCGCUGUUAGCAUUGCAAUUAAGCGUUCACUAUUAAAUAGGAUCCUGGCUAGCCUUAAUUUGGCACUUACAAGCACACUAUUGUCCGCCCAAGCUUUCCUCUGCGAUGGCUGCAAGCUAUUGGGACUCCCACUGCUCGCGUAACUUGGUGUCCAAGGAACAGCUGGAGUCUUCUCACGCCGAGGAUCGGCUUCAAGGACUUACCCAAGAACAUAUUCAACAGCUUAAUGUAUAUUUCUGCGCAAGCAUCGCCGAACUGGCAAAACAGCUUAAGCUUCGCCAAAGGGUCGCUGCGUCGGCUAUGAUAUACUUCCGCAGAACAUACCUUGGCAACAAUUUCUGCCGGAUGGACCCGCGGCUUGUGUACGUGGCCUGUCUCUACUUGGCAUGCAAAGCCGAAGAAUCCUUGCUGGCAGCUAAGCACCUAGGCUGCCAUGCGAAAAUUCUGCGACCGAGGUGGACCUUUGAUGUGAAGGACUUGUUGGACAUGGAGAUGGUCCUGCUUGAGGAGUUGGACUUCAACCUCAUCGUGUUUAGCCCCUAUCGCGACCUUGCGACAUUCCUUGCGGAUGCCGGCAUCGAGCAGGCGUGUGCGCAGCGCGCAUGGGGCGCCCUGACCGACUCUUAUCGCUGCGAUGUCAACCUCCUCUACCCGCCUCACAUAGUGGCGCUAGGCUGCUUGUGCCUGGCGUGCGGCUCCAGCGAUGUGGACAUCUCCCCUUGGCUGCAGCGACUGAAUGUUGAUCUGGGUCAGGUAGGUGGCAGCGGGCAGCGAGGAGUGCUGCGAAACGGCUGCAUAGCUGUUGGGUUGAAGGUAUUGGCAUGGGUCAGGGACAUGUUCUGGCAUGCCGGCGUUAGCAGGCGUUGGACUUGCAAUAACACACGCACCGUCGGGUACAAGCCACUAUUUCGUACUUCGUUUAUGGAUACCGGUACAUGGAUGCCAUGCUAGUACCGGCAUGUGGGCCUCUGCAUGCUGCGUGCCAUGAACAUGUUGUUGGCGCCCACGUGCCACCGCGCAGGUGGCCGCUGUGGUCUCCGAGCUGACGGAGUUCUACACGCUGCACGCCUCCAUAAUCAGCACGGACGAGUGCCACCGCCUGCUGGAGCUGGUCUGCCAGCAGCGCACGGAGUCGGGACCGCCGGCAGGAAGCGGGGAGCGCAGGAGGUGAAGGUGGAGUGCCUUGAGGGGCCAUGAAGGGCUGCGCGGGGAGCUGGGGCGGGUGGUACGGAGCUGUUGAGGAGCGCCCGCGUAUCUGAAGGAGAGUGCUCCCGGGACUGGUGUCGUGGCCGCGGACCGUUCACCCACUGUACGCGGCCGCCUUUGGGGCACAUGAGCGGCAGAAGAGGGCAUGCUGCGCCUGCAUGGCUUGAACCAGUCGCGUUGCUAAGCAGGUACUGAUCGGGGUGCGUCGCUUUCGGGAUGGGGGCUUGUCCUCGCGCUGCUCCUUCCUGUACACGCUGUGCUUGUUAAGAGUUGGCGGC